GUGGACAUUACAAGGACACUAGCCUCGCUCGGGCGAAACGAGGCCGUGCGCCACGCGCCCGCAUUGCAACGCUUCGUCUCGGUCGUCACGACAACGCCAGUGGACAGCGAACCAAACCCUGCAGUCCGCGCCAACAUUGUUCACAUCUACCAGCGGCUGCUUUGUGUCCCAAGCGUCUUUCGACAGCUUGUGUUUGGACACGGUGUCUUCUUGUCGCCAGACGACGUCGCCAACGAUGCAAAGCCCGUCUUCUUCUUCCUUGGCCAACAGCUCGCGAUGGACAAAAGCAUGAAGUACCGGGCCGUCUAUGCGAGUAUGGCUGCCAUGUUGCUGACCAACACGGCGUUCACCCUCGAAAUGCACUUUCUCGAACAGCAUACGGUCGCUUGUGACUGUCUCACCGACGCGCUCGACGGCUUGGACGGCCGGCCGCCUCUGGUUUGCGACCAGAAAGAGUUGGCGCAUCGAAUGCAGUGCCUCGAGCAGGGCAUGCCGUUUGGCGUUGACGCGCCGCUGUCACGCCACGUCGGCGUUCGCCUCGUUCACGAAGUAUUCCUCACCGUCUUGCACCUCUGGACGACAUGCGAGACGACGAUGAUGACUGAUGGCAAGUGCAUCUCGACGUUUCUCGUUCAACUAUUGCACUGGCUGCACGCGAGGCAUCCUGGAAGCGGACUUUUCGUAGCACCACCGAUGCUGCAGCGGUGCGUCGAUGUGAUCGACACGGUCACACCACGUGCAUUGCCGCUGCUGCUCGACUUGAUUGCGCAGCUCUUUCGCGUCGCACCGCUCUACAAGCAGACGUUUCUAGACAUGGCGCUAACAAGCGCACUCGUGCACUGCCUCACGCCGCACAGCCGCACGCACUUGGUGCCGGUUCUGCGCUUCCUCUGGGACCUCGCACGCAACGAUGCGAGCGUCGCGCUCGAUCUCGUCGACGACGCGACGCUGCUGCGGCAGAUUUUUGCAUUGCUUCAGCUCCCCAUCGUGCACAACCCAACUUUCAGUGCCUUGCGCUCAAGCGACCCAAGUGACGCGCAGCUCGAUGUCAUCAUUGCCGCGACGCAGGUGCUGUGCGUCGUCAACGUCGGCGACCCGGGCCGCACUCAUC